AUUCCAGCGGCUCAGGCAAAACCACCACCGAUUACGCCGGAAUGCUAUAAAGAGGAGGAAGAAGAAGAACUCUCUAAAUUCUUCGUCUUUCUCAAAAUCAGCUUUUUUCCCGUUGAUGGGGUCCAUGCUCGGCGACUUGCCGUCUUACGACCCUCACAAUUUCAGCCUGCUUCGUCCUUCGGAUCCUUCAAACCCUUCUAAAAUGACACCCAUCACCUAUCAUCCUACUCAUGAUCGAACCCUUCCACCUCCUAAUCAAGUCAUAACUUCGGAAGCGAGGAACAUACUGUUGAGGCACAUUUAUCAACGUGCUGAAGAUAAGUUGAGACCGAAGAGAGCUGCAUCAGAGAAUUUAACACCAGAGCAUGGAUCCAAGCAUCCGAAAGCUAUGGGUAAUUCAGAUGGCCCGCAAUUCUGAGCAUCUUUCUUAUAGGAUUUUCGUGUAAAUAAUAAUUAAUGCUCUUUUUUACAGACAGUAUAUAUAUUUAUGUGUGUGUGCAUUGUAUUUGGUAUAUGGUGCUUUAGAGGUUGAAAGCAAAGCACUUAGACAUCUUUUUGUUUGUUUGUUUGUGUCAAUUACAGUUGUUAUGUGUAAUGUACACUCAGAUGUAAUGCUGCUUCUAUCUAUGGCUUCUUUUAAAAGUUUCAAGACUUUGAUUU